AUGUCCUGCUGUCCCCUCUAUCCCCAGGGCUCGGCGCCGUGCCCGGCCGAGGGCUGCUCGCUGUCGCUGCGGCGGGCCCGCAAGAAGCGCGUUCCGUACAGCAAGGGGCAGCUGCGGGAGCUGGAGGCGGAGUUCGCCCGCGGCCGCUUCAUCACCCGCGAGCGGCGCCGCAAGAUCGCGGCGGCCACGCGGCUGAGCGAGCGCCAGAUCACCAUCUGGUUCCAGAACCGCCGCGUCAAGGACAAGAAGGUGCUGGCCAAGGGCAAGGCGGCCGCCAACGCCGCGCCCUGA